AAUCUGAAUAUUCUUUCAUCUUCUUUACCAUGAUGAGCAGCUACAGUACAUAUGAUUUUUUGGAUUGUUGGUCAGUCCAUAUACACAUUUGUAGAUUGCUAAGACAUCUCAAAAAGAGUAGACCUACUCCAGACUUGAACAAUUUACCAUAUAGCAUUCAGAGAGUAGAUUGUAGGAUGUAAUAAAACAAACACUACUUUUGAGAGAGUGUUGGUCCUAUUUAUUUUGUCAAUGACAUUUAUUUUUUCUUAUGAAUAAUUUCAAUAGCAUAGUUGACUAAUACUAGAAAUUUUCAUUAUUUUGUUCUGUUCUUUGCUUUUCAAUCAACAGGAUCAACAACUGGAUUUGGAACCUGUUGAGGAUCAGGAAACUUUUGAAAUUCAGGUUGAAUCAUUAAUGCAAGCACUCUUAAUUAUCAUCGUGGGAUACAAGGAGGACAUACUAGCCUUGAAUGACGUUAUAACAAUGAUUGUAGACCUCUUAUACCAACAAGAAUCCUGAAGGAGUAGUAAUGGCAGGAAGAGUUACAAGAUCAAAAGGAAGAAAGUGUACACCAGGAAAUUAUGAGAAGUACCUGGGGAACAAAUAUGAAGACCCAGAAGGAUUUGAACCAAAGUUUCUCAACUCUGAAGUUGGACAUGGAUUAUUUGCUGUUAAAGACUUCCCGAAAGGUGCAUUUCUACUGGAGUACAAGGGAGAGACUAUAAGUGAGCAAGAAGCUGGGAGGAGGGAAUAUACAAGUCACCACAGCUACCAAUUUUUCUUCCAGCAUGAGGGUAAAACAAUGUGCAUUGAUGCAUCUGACACCAACCAUUUAGCUCGUCUUGUGAAUGAUAGUGCUCCAUCAAAACGCUCUUGCAAUGCAAGGAUGAGAAAGAUCAUUAGCUGUUCUGGAACACUACAUUUGUGUUUAUUCUCUCUACGUGAUAUUGAGCAAGGAGAAGAGAUUCGAUACGACUAUGCUGCGAAAGGUCUCUCAUGGAGAAAAAAAGAAAAACUAUAUAACAAGAUAGCAUUGAGUGUAGAUUCCAGGAAUGAAGAUGAUGGGAACUAUGAAACUGUACUGGAUUCUGAAGACGAUGGUGGCUUAAAUUCAGGGUUAUCAAAUUUCAAGAGAUUACAGCAUAUAAAUGAAGCCAUUAUUGAAUGCUGUAAUGGUAAGAAUGACAAAGGGAAGGCAUGUAUCAAAGAAUCUGGAUAUAAAUGCAGAGAUGAGAAUGAACAGGGUGGUUCAGCAGCAUCUAGAGGCAGAAAUGAAGAUGAACCAGGCAUUUUGACACCAUUGGAGGAUGUUAUUCACACUGAUCCUGAAUUUGCACCAGAUUCAGGAGAUAGAGAUAAACAGGAUUCUGAUGUUGCACCAGAUUCAGGAGAUAGAGAUAAACAAGAUCCUGAUGUUGCAACAGAUUCAGGAGAUAGUGGUAAACAGGAUUCUGAUGUUGCACCAGAUUCAGGAGAUAGAGAUAAACAAGAUCCUGAUGUUGCACCAGAUUCAGGAGAUAGAGAUAAACAGAAUCCUGAUGUUGCACCAGAUUCAGGAGAUAGUGGUAAACAGGAUUCUGAUGUUGCACCAGAUUCAGGAGAUAGAGAUAAACAGGAUCCUGAUGUUGCACCAGAUUCAGGAGAUAGUGGUAAACAGGAUUCUGAUUUGCACCAGAUUCAGGAGAUCGAGAUAAACAGGAUCCUGAUGUUGCACCAGAUUCAGGAGAUAGAGAUAAACAGAAUCCUGAUGUUACACCAGAUUCAGGAGAUAGAGAUAAACAGAAUCCUGAUGUUGCACCAGAUUCAAGAGAUAGAGAUAAACAGGAUCCUGAUGUUGCACCAGAUUCAGGAGAUAGAGAUAAACAGGAUCCUGAUGUUACACCAGAUUCAGGAGAUAGAGAUAAACAGAAUCCUGAUGUUGCACCAGAUUCAAGAGAUAGAGAUAAACAGGAUCCUGAUGUUGCACCAGAUUCAGGAGAUAGAGAUAAACAGAAUCCUGAUGUUGCACCAGAUUCAAGAGAUAGAGAUAAACAGGAUCCUGAUGUUGCACCAGAUUCAGGAGAUAGAGAUAAACAGGAUCCUGAUGUUGCACCAGAUUCAGGAGAUAGAGAUAAACAGAAUCCUGAUGUUGCACCAAAUUCAAGAUAUAGAGAUAAACAGACCCCUGACUGUACACUAGAUUCAGCAGAUGAAGAUAAACAG